AUGUUUCCUACUAUUCCAUUAAAUCUCUUUUAUCCUCUCUUUUUACCUCCUUUCCAUUUUUCACUUUCUCCAAUUUUCUCCUUCCUCUUCUCACCCUGCUUUCUUUCUCUCCUGUUUUCUCCUACCCAAUUUCUUCCCUUCUCCUUCCCCCUUUCUUCCCUCCCCUUUCUUCCUUCUCCUUCCCCUCCCCCUUUCUUCCCUUCUCCUUCCCCUCCCCUUUCUUCCCUUCUCCUUCCCCUUUUCUUCCCUUCUCCUUCCCCCUCCCCCCUUUCUUCCCUUCUCCUUCCCCCUCCCCUUUCUUCCCUUCUCCUUCCCCCUCCCCUUUCUUCCCUUCUCCUUCCCCCUCCCCUUUCUUCCCUUCUCCUUCCCCUCCCCUUUCUUCCUUCUCCUUCCCCUCCCCCUUUCUCCCCUUCUCCUUCCUCCACUCCCGGCUUUCUCCUUUCUCCUCCCCUUCACACUGCUUUUCCUUUCUCAUCCCUUGGUUUUUCCUUUCUCCUCCCCCCCAUGCUUUCACCUUUCUUGUCCCCUCCCCACUAUCACCUUUCUAGCCCCCCCCCACUUACUUUCUCCUUUCUGCCCCCCUAUUUUCUCCUUUCUGCUGCCCCUCCACUUUCUCUUUUCUGCCCCUCUACUUUCUCCUUCACUGCUUUCUUGUCAGCCCCACAUACUUUCUGCCCCCCCCGCAUUCUUCUUUCUGCCCCUCGCUUUCUCCUUUCUGCCCCCCCCUUUCUCUUUUCUGCCCCCUCUCCUUUCUGCCCUCUGCUUUCUAUUUUCUCCCCCACCGCUUUCUACUUUCUGCCCCCCCUUUCAUGCCUUGCUGCUUUCCCUGAUUUCACCCCCGCUUUCUUUUCCCCACCCCUCUUGCGUUUUCUUCCUUCCCUCUUCGACAGCGCGCUCUCUUCCCCCCUUUUUUUUCUAGGCGCUCCUUCUUUCUCUCCCUUUUCUAGGCGUUCUCUUCUUUCUCCCCCCUUUUUCCACAGCUCUCCUUUUCUCCCCCUUCCAUGGCGCUCUCUCCACUUUCUUUUUCCCUUUCCUUUCUCCUUUUCUUGCUUUCUCUCUCUCUCUCUUUUGGCUCAUUCCUCCCUCCAUUCCUUCUCUCUUUUUCCCUUCUUUAUUUCUGUUAUUAGUAUAUUAUUUUCCUCUCUCUGUCAUAUUUUACCCAAUUCCUCCCUUUCCAACAUAUAUUUGUUUAGUUUGAUAUUGUUUUUUUCUUCCUCAUAA